AUGGGAGAUAAGGUAAUUCUUCCGGUCCUAAAAUCUGUUACAGAGCAUCGGUUGGGUUGGGACACUUCAGCACAAUUUAUCCUCUUGACAGAUGGAGAGCCUCUGGACAUUGAGGAAAUAGUCGGUUUCGCUGCAAAUGCCGCCAGAGAGUCCAGAGGCGCAUUCCGCAUCUUCCCGGUUGUUAUUCGUUACGCCGACUCGCACAGAUUGUUUGAAGGAAUCGGGAACCAAGACGGAGGUUUUGGAGAGGUAACAGUUGUCAACAGACCGGAAAAGUUGGCAGGAAUAACCAGCAGAAUUCUUGAAGGAGCUCAGUUACCUUGGAAAUUUGAGGUAAUAACGCUUUCUGGCUACCUCAAGCCUGGAGCAAAAUCCGAUACAGAGGUGGUUGAGCAUCCAGCUCAGACUUCCGAGUAUUCUUUCCGUCGAACAGCCUACAUUCAAGCACCCUGCUACGUUUACUCGCUGAAUCCUUUCGCAUGGCCUACGAUCUUCUUCCUAUUCCAGCAUAAACAAAGCACACCUAUAAAGGGCGUCACCGUCAAGGCCACACUGCCAUCUGGCAUGGCCGCCUUUAAGGAGAUACAAGUCGAGUAUGCUCGCUCCAAGUCAUCCACCAUCCAUCAACUUGCCGCCAAGGCUAUAAUGCUCGAUCUCGAAGCUGGCCAAAGCUGGACGCAUGAGGCUGCGUCGGAAUCAGAUCCUAGCAAGAGGGAGGAAGCUGAGAGCAUAGGGCGGAAGUGGUGGAUCGCGGGAAAAUGGGCCAGCUUCGUUGCAGUAAGACAUGACAAUGCCGAAUCGUGGCUGGAUCCUACCAGGUCCAACAUUCCAGACCGGUUCCCGUUGAAAUGCCGUUCCCAAUCUCGAUGA